UAGGUGUAGGUUGGCUAAUCAUGAAUAAAAUUGAAAUUUUUGCAUUGAAUUGCAAUAAGAUUAUCCUACUUUUGAUCCCAGCUAGAGCUAUAAUUUCUGUGUUGAACCGUCUUAAGUUAUUCUGAAAUGGAAAAUUUUGUUCCGCACGAUAUUCAGUCUUAAGCGCACACUGCAUCUUACUGUGCACUAGACGGGACAAGAUUGGGAUCCGCCUGUGCCACGUUUUGGAUACGAACAGAAUCCUUGUCCUGACUUAUGGUAAAACCAAUAGGUUACCGUGCGAUUAAUUAAUGAAUUACAAAUUACAAUAAAAGGCGAGUGGAACAAUUCUCAUCAGGCAACGGGUAUAACACUUCCGAUGAGAAAUGGAAUGCAUUCAGCAAAUCAAAAACAGCUAGUUUUAUUUGAAGUGGAUCUUCUCGCAAGUGCCGGACACAAAGCGCGGUUCAUGAACUUCCCUGAUCGUUCAACGCACUGUGGUGCGCUUAUUAAUUCUUUUCUAACAAAGAAAGAAAAUUUCAACGAUGAAUGCAUACAUCUUCUAUUCACGUUUAAUCGCUGGGAAGCCAAAGAAAAGAUGGAACAGCUACUUCGGGAUGGCACUUCAUUGAUCGUGGAUAGAUACUCCUACUCCGGUGUGGCAUUCAGCGCAGCUAAAGGCCUUAACGUUGAAUGGUGUAAAGCACCCGAGGCCGGCCUACUAAAACCAGAUCUUGUACUGCUCUUAACCCUUACUACGGAAGCUAUGGCCAAGCGUGGAGGGUUCGGUGACGAACGCUACGAAGUGCCGGAAUUGCAGCAGAAGGUAAUGGAACAAUUUCUUAACAUGAAGGACGAUAGAUACUGGCAUGUUGUUGAUGCAGACAAGAAUCAGGAGCAGCUAGCUGCUGAGUUGGGUGAGCUAGUUUUUAACACAAUUGAAUCAUGUGGGCAUAAACCUUUAGAUACUCUAUGGUGAUAUAGGUAAAUUAUGUAAAUAAUCGAGCAAUUAUUAUAAUGUAAAUAAACUGAAUGUUAGUAUUUUUGUGA